ACGGACAACUCAACUCCUGCAAUCCAGGGAAAAGAAUAUACAUCCAGCCAUUGUCGAUAGCGUUUAUUCUGGUCAGGGUCGCGGGGAGUUUGGAGUCACGGAACGCGUGCACUACUACACGGAAGUCAGUCUCAUGUACCAUUACCAGGGAAUUGAACAUAUGGAUAUGCACACACAAAGAGCAAGUCCGAAGAGCCGAGCACGGGCACGAGCUGUCAGUCAACUUUCCUCGCGAGUGAUGCGUUCAUGGUCACGCCUCUUGGAGCACUUCAGUGCAUCUGCUGCCGCACUCCUCACAUCACAGUGAGCGUGAGGCCACCAUCCCGGCAACAGAUUCUGAUUUGGCAAAGAGUGUGUAGAGCUUAGCGAAAAUGAACCUCAGCCCUUCAGACCAGAGUGUGCACAACUCCAAUGAAGGCUGCCUGGAGGAUGACAAACACAGCGUCAUGCUGCCUUGCUUACGCAGAAACAUCUACGAUGAGCCACUUUCCUCAUACUCCAAUGGCUCAAUCAUAUCUCAGCUUCUCCGGAAGACCAUGCACAGCAAAAGGGCACUAGAUGAAAGCCAUUUCUACCUUUCCAACUCUACUACCACUGACUCUGGACAGGAGGACCGCAGCAGUGUGUCGUCAAAGGACAGUACAACGGAAGCCUCCUCACCUAAUUGCCACCUUUCUACAAGGUGCAGCUCAGAGGGAGAACCACCCAUGACAGACCACCUUCAAGCGAAGCGAGCCCGAGUGGAGAACAUCAUCAGAGUGAUGUCAGGUUCUCCCAACAACAGGCCACACGAGGACAAUGAGCGGCCUGACGUUGAUUCCCGAGACACCAGAGAGUCUCGAGAGGCAUACCGGGAGAAUAAGCGCAAACAACGGCUACCUCAACAUCAGGAGCACAGCAUUGGAGGGCCGGCAAGUCAAAAACCUGGAAGAGAUCACGAUGAUACUAACACCAAGGAUGAGGAGUGCCACAAACUAAAAGAGCAGCUCCACAGCAUGCAAAAGCUUCUAUGUCAGCUCCAGGAAAAAUUCCUUCAAGUUUAUAAGCAGGAAGAUGCAGCUCACAACGACAAGGAAGCUGUAGCCACUGAUUGUCACACCCCAGUGGGAAGCAACUACACGGGCGCCGAAGAUGGUUGCGAGAGGAAGAGCAGGCUGAUUUUAGAGUGUGAGGACAGAAUGAAAGUUGGUCAACCGACUCUUCAAAGAGAGAGUCAGAACCUUCGGGAAAUCUUGAAGCAGGAGCUCUCCAGUGCUAUGAAUGACUGUGUGGACCGAGUGUUGACCAAGGUGUCCUCAUCAGGGCUCGAUCUAUCCUCUCAACAGCGAAUGUGCCCAUCUCCAGAGAUGCAGAUCAGUUUGAGUGCAGGCCAAAAGAACCACCAAGAUGGUUCAAUACAGGAGCACCUGCAGGCUGAAGAGAGCCCCACCAAGCCCCGCUCUUUGGAGUGUUAUGAUAACUCAGAGGUGCAUCAGGACCAGACAGAAGCACUCUCACUGGUGGUUCGCAAACCAGUGACAACACCUCUGAGCUCAGUCACCUCCACAGUGAAGAGGCCCUAUCCUGUUCACCAGACGCCAUUCCAGUUCAACUACAGUGCCCCUCUGCAUGAAAGCCAGAUCCUGGAACACCUUCUCAAGUACGGGCCACACACUAACUUUGGGGGUCUCCACUGCAUGCCCCAUUCAAUGGACAGGACCUCUCCAGACCCAGUAGACCUACCUUGGGACACCAUUGCAUUGCGAUCCAAAGUGACACCCAGUCACAUCAGCCACCACUCUCGCCCCUCUGCACUGGGGCCUGUGACGGUCGAGACUCUGUGCCUCCCUCAUGUCAAACUAGAGUGUGGUGAGCUGCAAAGUAUGGCCGAACGAAACCCCUACAUGUCUCUCAACAUCCAGGAGGGUCUCACCCCGAGUCACUUGAAGAAGGCCAAACUGAUGUUCUUCUACACUCGCUACCCCAGCUCCAAUGUCUUGAAGACAUUCUUCCCCGAUGUCAAGUUCAAUCGGUGCAUCACAUCUCAGCUGAUCAAGUGGUUCAGUAACUUCAGGGAGUUCUACUACAUCCAAAUGGAGAAGUUUGCCCGCCAAGCCAUCGUAGACGGCAUCAGUGAAGUCAAAGAAAUCACAGUCAGCAGAGACUCCGAGCUGUUCCGUGCACUCAACAUGCACUACAACAAGGCCAAUGACUUCCAUGUUCCUGACAAAUUCCUGGAGGUUGCUGAGAUCACGUUGCAUGAGUUUUACAAAGCCAUUUCUGUGGCCAAAGAUUCCGACCCCUCCUGGAAGAAGGCCAUCUACAAGGUCAUCUGUAAACUGGACAGCGACGUUCCUGACGAAUUCAAGACAUCCUCCUAUUUGUAGGCCAAAGCGGAUAAAUGUGACAACAAGUAUAGGAAUUGGUGACAGGGGAAAGCUAGUCACUUGAAUAUUAUGAUAAUUUCUUGUUGUGCUUUUUACUAGUGAAGUGAAAUGUAGCUGUUGGAUUAUAUUGGAUGACUAGACUGUAGUUUGUUAAUAUUCUUGUUACAUCACGAUCAAACGAAUGAUUACUGCUUUUUGUGUAUUAUACUGUGUUGCUCAUGUUUACUUAUAUAAUCUGCUUAGGUACAAUUAGACAAUUAUUGAGUUUGUAGUGCCAAAUGUCAUCCUUUUUCAAUGCCAUCAAUUGGGGCUGGGCCUUUGACUACGUUUCCUCGAUUGACUGUGGGAGAUGUUAAUUAAUUGUAAUUUAAAAAUAGACUGUAUAUUUUAAUGAGAUGGGAAAGUCUCUCUUCAAAAUGUUCUGGACUCAUCUUUCGAUACAAGUGUUUUAUUGAGCUUCGUGAGUUGUGCCAUAGCAUGGAAGGAGCUCAAGUUCCCUUGGGUGUUGUUCUUUUUUAGACCACAAACUAGUUGAGACUGAAUCAACCUAACCAACGAUCAAUUAAAUAUCAGUUUUCAAUUCUAAACAACAAUGAAUUGAUUUAUUUGUUCAUCAUGUCCAUCCCUAUAGUAUCAACACAUAGUUUAGCUUGAUCCUGAUUUAGAUGGUUGUAUUGAGACAUUUCUUUUACAUUGCUCCGUGCUGUGGAAAAAACAAACAAACAAACAAACAAACAAAAAAACAUGCACUUAUGCUGUUUGUGUCAUAAUGUUCUGUGAUUUUGGUAUAAACUAGUUGCUUAACAUAAAGCACAUGUGGAAAUAAUGCAAAUGAUUUAUUGUGGACAAAGGUGAAGGAAGCCUUUGGUUAUGUAAAGUACAAUCAUUUUCGGAUAUUUCAGAAACGGACAAUGUAAUGGAUGA